AAUGGCGAGGCGACUAGUGACAAGGUGUCAGGAGGGGGGUCACGCCAACCUCAGUUCUCUGCCGUCCGUCGCGGCGACCGCACGUCCCGACGCUCCCACGCACGCCGCGACCAGUGACUUGUGUAUCAUGUGCUGACACCGAGCCUUGGAUUUUGUGAAGUGAUAUUGUUCUGUGUUGUGGAUUGAAUAUAUUUUUUUAAGCUGGAAAAGGAUAUCGGUAUCUGGAGCAACAUGCUCACAUCAAGCAAUCAGUAUUUGCGACCGGAUUACCUGUCGCCGCUUCCGACAACGCUCGACGCGAAAAAGAGCCCGCUGGCGCUUCUAGCGCAGACCUGCAGCGCUAUCGGCGCGGACUCGCCCAACCCCAAGCUGAUCUCCGCCGCCGAGAAAGCCAGUAAGAAGUACGAUGACAAAUCGCAUAUUCCCGACAACAAACCCAGCUUUAAGCCUUACGAAUCGUGCCUAACAGCGAGAGAAAAGACUAGAACGCCGGACGACAGAGGAUCUGUCAACGCGUCUUCAAAGACUCCGCUGUCGUCAAAGGGCAGUGCGUCCACCACACCCGUGCAGGCGCGCUGCUCCAGCAACCAGAGCUCCUCCUCACAGAGGACGCCUCCGCCUGCUCACCGGAAAACACCUUCAGAGAAAUCUGACGAGAGGUCCAGUCCUCUGCACGGUUCGCCCGUGCCGGCCAAAUCUAACUCAGAGACGAUUAGCAGCUCGUCUGCAUCCAAGUUACCGUUCACGCCCACCUCGUUAUCGUCCAGCUCAGAAACCAAAGAACAUUCGAGCUUCAAGCCCAGCGUACCUGUUUCAUCUUCCGCCUUCCUCGGCGGACUGCAUCAUAAUGGAUUUCCUUUACCAAUGGACCUUAUGACCAGCAGCUUGAUGGCUGCUCAACACCAUGCUUUAAAGAAUGGAUUAAAUCCGUACCUCGCGUACGCUAGAAUGAAGGCGCCAGGGAGUGAUCUAGGCAUCUGCAGAGAUCCUUACUGCACGGGUUGCUCACUUAGCUCACAUUUGCUCAAAUCGGCCGUGUGUCCAGCGGGGUGUGCUCAAUGUGAUCACGCUAAAACUCCGUUCCCAUUACCUACUGGUCACCCCGCGGCGGCCGCGUAUGCUCACGCUCAGUUGGCUGCCCUGGCUGCAGCGUCACAGCUGCCGUACGUUUGCAGUUGGAUGGCAGGAGACUCCGCUUACUGCGGCAAGCGAUUUGCGACAUCAGAGGAGCUUCUACAGCACCUGCGGUCGCACACGGCCAGUGGCGAGUCGAGCCCGAGCCUGUCGAUGCUAAGUGCGACGCACCCGCUACUGCAGCGCACAUAUCCAACACCACCGCUGUCGCCACUGACUCCACGGUUCCACCCGUACAGCAAGCCGUCGCACCUGGUGUCGUCGCCGCCGCUGCCGUUCCCUCUGCCGCCGCACCCGUCGCUGGCUGCAUACUUCCCGCCGUACCCGCUGUUCGGGCCGCGGCCCCUGCACCCUUGAGGACCAUCGGCGCUCCACGGACACAAGAAGGGGGGCGCCGACCGCUAACGCCCAUGCCAAAAGGACAUUCGGAACCGAAGUGCGUGUACAUAUAAGUUAGUGCUCUUCGGGUUUCUAGUCGGCUCAUAUCAUCGACGGAAGUGUUUGCCCCCGCGGGGGUCGCGACAGCUGUGAUCUCUAACUCGUAAUCAUUAUAAUUAGUGCACUGAACGCUUUGUCGAUACCGCGUGCGCGGAUUUCAUUUUCUAGUUAGACUAACGAAAUUUUUAUGUACCAAAUCUCUAGGUUGUAAUUUAAAUUGAUUUUUGUAAUUUAAGUUGUUGCAAUUAAUUAAUUAGUGAGGGUUGUUAAUUGUGUUUGUAUUUUUUUAAAUGGAUGUUUAAUGAUUUGCUGGUUCAUUGAUCUAUCACAUAUCUUUGUAAUGAAUGUGCGUUGUGACUGAAGGUUUCUCGUAGACGCAUGUGACGGUACUCAGAGCGAUCACAGAUGACAUGUUACCGCAACUGUUGCUCAUUUGUAUUUAAAUAAUUGCUACUUUCAGUUUUAAAUGAUAAAAUCUUAGAAGAAUCUCACAAACACUUUACUUUUUAAAAUUCACAUUGUAAUGCUUGCGAGACUGGCACGUUAUAUUUUUAUGUGUAACUAUAAAUUAAUGUUUAAAUAGUACACUGUCAGAAUGUUAAUAAUGACACAAAUUAUAAUAGUGUGAAAGCGGAAUGCAUGUAAACAUUCGUGGUAAAGUUAUGGACACUGUAAUACUUGCAACUGAUAACUGUUGAAAUAAAAAUUUGUUGUUAUAAAGGGCAUAAAGCGAAAAAAAAUAUACGUAAAUAUUUAAUUUGAAA